AUAUUUAAAUUCCGCAAGACUUCUGACGCGCGUCUCUCUGUUUUUCUGACAUGAUCAUGUUGAGUUUGGUCAUAAGCUCUCUGGCUGCGGGUCUUUUCACCCUGUUUGUCCUCCAGAUGAAGUUCUACCCGUACUUUUGGAGUGACUUGAUGUAUUACGCGAGACUUCGUCGCGUCGGGAGGUCGAUGAUGGCGAGGAUGAAGAGCGGUGUCGUCACGUAUCUGCACAACUUUGAGCUUCAGGCCAGAAAGAGUCCAGAUAAAACCUUCAUCGUGUUUGAAGAUCACAUCCUGACGUACAGAGAUGUGGACGAGAGGAGUAACCGAUUCGCACACGUGUUUCAGACUCACUGCGGCUUUAAAUGUGGAGAUGUCGUGGCUCUUCUCAUGAGGAACGAGACGGACUUCAUCUGUGUUUGGUUCGGACUCUGUAAACUGGGCUGUGAGGUCGCGUUUCUUAACUUUAAUGUGAAAGCAGAGUCUCUGCAUCACUGUCUGCGCAGCUGCGCAGCCACAGCACUCGUCAUAGGUUCAGAUGUGAUGGGAUGUGUAGAUGAAGUGAUGCUGAAGGAUGACAGGAUUGAUGUUUGGGUGUCAUCAGAUGUCUCUUCACAUCCUGAUGUCAGCUCACUGCUGGAUAAAGUGAACGCUGCCUCUCCAGAGAAGCCUUCAGUUAACCUCCCUCAGACAAAACUCAUGUCCAACUUCUUAUUUAUCUUCACAUCAGGCACCACAGGACUGCCGAAAGCAGCUCGUAUCAGUCACAUGAAAGCAGUCAUGUGUAUGGCGUUUCUGCGCAUGUGUGGAGCGUGUGCUGAUGAUAAAGUCUAUCUGACGCUGCCGCUCUAUCACAUGUCUGCAUCGCUGCUUGGGAUUGGAGGAUGCAUCCAUCUGGGGGCAACGUGUGUUUUGAAGAGGAAGUUCUCUGCCAGUCAGUUUUGGAGGGACUGUGUGAAGUAUGACGUGACUGUCUUUCAGUACAUCGGAGAACUCUGUCGAUAUCUGAUCCAUCAGCCAAAGACAGCUGAGGAGGCGCUUCAUCGUGUUCGUCUGGCUGCAGGAAGUGGUCUCCGAGCCGAUGUUUGGAGAGAGUUUGUCCGACGCUUCGGGAAAAUCCAGAUCCGGGAAUCUUAUGGUUUAACGGAGGCCAGUAUUGGUUUUGUGAAUUACACAGAUGAAGUGGGACCCAUCGGCCGCGCCACUUAUUUCAAUAAGCUCAGUUUGCCGUUUGAGUUUGUGAAGUGUGAUCCUCAGACGUACGAGCCCGUCCGGACAGACAGCGGCCGCUGUGUUAACGCCAGUAAAGGUGAAACAGGAUUACUGGUCGCUCCGGUGACGUUCAGCAAUCCCUUUCUGGGUUAUGCGGGAGAUAAAAGUCUGUCAGAGAAGAAACUCCUGCGAGAUGUCUUUAAGAAGGGAGACGUUUACUUCAACACAGGAGAUCUGAUGCUACAGGACCACAGAGACUUUGUCUACUUUAAAGACCGAAUUGGAGACACUUUUAGGUGGAAAGGUGAAAAUGUGUCCACGCUGGAGGUGUCAGAGGUGUUGGGCUGUCUGGACUUCCUGCAGGACGUCAGUGUCUAUGGGGUCACUGUACCAGGAUAUGAGGGUCGUGCUGGAAUGGCGGCGGUUGUGUUGAAGGACGGUCAGGGAUUAGACGGAGAGAGAUUUUACAGUCAUCUGCUUCACACGCUUCCUCUGUACGCCUGGCCGUGGUUUCUGAGGGUUCAGACUUCCUUAGACGUGACGGAAACGUUCAAACAGCGGAAGGGAGCGCUGGUGGAGCAGGGCUUCAAUCCAGACGCCGUUCAACAGCCACUUUACUUCCUGGACACAGCCAAGAAAAACUACAUCCCCCUCACCGCACCGCUGUAUGAACACAUCAUAUCAGGCAAGACCAGACUCUAGAUGCAUUCUGGGAAAUGCAGUUUUUAAAACAAAGACAAGUUUGUUUUCACGUGCACAACACAAACAUGCAGAACACAAUCGCAUUCACAAAACAUAUUGUUUUUAGUCUUUACGUCUUCUUUAAAUCCUAAUGUUUAGGUGCUGCUGAAGUGAUUUUAUUAAACUAACAGUGUCUCCUGUGUUGAGACAAAACAACUGUUCCAAAAACAUCAAAACAGUUAUUAGCAUAUAGUGACUUUAAUUACAUUAGGUUUAUGUUACGGAUGCAUUCAGUAUGUUUAUUUAUCAGCAGCUGAAUGAAAGGAAUAAUCCCAUAAUUAUUAACACAUUUCUUCAGUUGACAUGAAGAACAAACAAAAGUAGAUGACCGUGUUACACCAACACAUGUAUCAUGCGUGUAUAUUUACAGUGAGGAGUUGAUAUGUUCAGACUUUUGAUGUUUUUCAUUCACACAAAUGUGUGUGUUUGCGCAUCUAAUAUAUAGAGAUGAUUUAUAGAUUCAUGUGCUGUUGUACAGAAUGAGAUGUGUGUUGUAUAUUUUGUGUGUAGGUGUAAUGAUAUUAACCUUCAGAAGUGUGAUGUGUGCUGUGCAGGUCCUCAUGUUUAUCAGAUCAGAAACAGUGUGUGAUUGUUAAUGUGAUGCUCAUAUGAACAGAACAUAAAGUCAACCUUUAAAACACA